UAAAGUGGAUGUUUGCCUUCAUUUUCCUCCUCGCAGCUUUAGUUUGUAUUUAGCUUCUGCCAGUUUUAACCAUAAACUCACUUUCCUUAAGGUUAGACGAUCGAAAUUUAUCGUUCAAUAACAUGGAUUACGAAACUUUCCAACAUAUAUUUCAAAUCGACACGUGCUUUUCAUUGACUCAAUAUUGAGUGACUGGUGUAAAGAAUGCUGCAUUCUACUUCUCAGGCUUUAGCCAUGGAUAAUACCGCAACAAAACGUAAUCCUUUCGAUCUCUUCGCUUCUAUAUUCAGACGAAAAACGCAAGAAUCUGACAACGAUAACGUUGAAAGUGGAGAAGAUAAUAUCGAAAAUAGAAAUUCUUCGAAUCAGGGUAACGAUGAGAUCGUUAGUAAAAAAGCACGAAGUUCUCCAGUUCCAAUAACAGGAGGUACCACCCAUUAUGAUCGAACUCCCGAACUAUCACGCAGCUCCUCGCCAGCUUCCGUAAAAACACGUGAUGUGGAUAGCGAUAUGGCCGCACUUAGAUUAUCCAGGCAAGAUAACCCUUAUUUGCAGCAACAGCUGGAAAGAAUGUCUUAUCAAGAAGAUAUUCAGUCGUGUCAAUCUUCCCGUUCGACUUCUCCACAAAAAUUGCCUCAACUAAAAUGCGAAGUGGACAGUACGGAAGAGGAUUGCGUCAGUCUCCAUCAACAUCUGAUCAGGAGUCCACCUCCGCAGUUUCCUCAAAAUAUCUCGCAGUUUGUCUUUCUUAGUAAAUCUGAUUCUCCUCAGCACUUUCAUCGAGAAAUGCAAUGGAUCGAAGGAAAUAUGGUUAAAACUAUGAGCGUAUCACCAACUCAAUUUGAUUCCUUGGAAGGGCAAAGAUUGAAAGAUUUAAAUCCUCUUAUGACAAAAGCCGGAGUCGAUGCCUUAGAUCCCAGAGUGAGGGAGGUUUUAGAGUUUCAAAGACAAAAGUAUCAUUCAGAUCAAAGAAGUUUCGAUACUCACGUCUCUGAACUCGGUACGAGAAGAGCAUCGGAUAUAUCACCAGUACCCAAUAAAUUCCUGUCGAUACCUUCAAAAACGAAGUGGUUGGCCAAAGCGGGAUUUCGUCCAUUUUCAUUUCCUUCGGUACCUAUGGUUACUGGAUCUUUACCUGGCUUAUCGGGAGUUAAUGGCGAUGUCGAUUCUAGAUGUUUGGCACCUGUUAAGGAUAAUCGACAGCUAACAGGAGGACCUCAUUUAGUAGCAUCGUCGUCGGUUCAAGAUUUAUGCACCAAUAACCAUCAAAAACAAAGUGUAUUCGCGCUGUGCGGCAUGAAUCAUACUAGUAGCUUAGAACCUCUUAUAAACAGCCGAAGUAAAUCAUCUUUGGAUUCGGGAUGACAGCGGAGAGUGUUUAAUUAUGGACACAAAUAGUUAAUACUUUCUGUGAUGAAUAAUUGCCUUUAUUCAACACAACAGCUUGUAUAUAUGUGUAAAACACGUUAUGUUGCUUGUUAAAACUU